CAUGGAAGUGGCGGGCGCGCUGCUGUGCGUGGCCGCGGCGGUCCUGACAUGGGGCUUCCUCUGGGCGUGGGCCUUCUGGGAGCGAAGGCAGAGCCCGGAGCUGGCCGGCCUGCCGGGAGGCGGAAGCCGGACCCUCCUGGUGACCGCGCACCCCGACGACGAGGCCAUGUUCUUUGCUCCCACCAUCCUAGGCUUGGCCCGCCUGCGGCACCGGGUGUUCCUGCUCUGCUUCUCCGCAGGAAAUUACUACAAUCAAGGGGAGAUUCGGAAGAAGGAACUCUUGCAGAGCUGUGAUGUUUUGGGGAUUCCAGCCUCCAACGUGGUGAUCAUUGACAACAGGGACUUCCCAGAUGACCCGGGCGUGCGGUGGGACACCGAGCAGGUGGCCAGCGUCCUCCUCCGGCACGUAGAGGCCCACGGCAUCCACCUGGUGGUGACCUUCGACGCAGGGGGCGUGAGCGGUCACAGCAACCACACUGCCCUGUAUGAGGCUGUCAGGACCCUGCACGCAGAAGGGAAGUUACCUAAAGGAAGGCGUCUGACCCACUUGGCCAGUUACUGCGCGACACCCACCCUGCCCUCCCUGAGCCGGUUUCCAUCACAAUGUGCACCCUCACGGGAAAGCCCUGGGGACAGAAUGACGGACACGCAGGCGGUGCGCCUCUCAGGGGGCCUUUCUGGCAGGUGGCGCUGCAGGGGCUCAGGAGCAGGACUGUGGGUGCUCAGCGCUCACGCUGCAGUCUGUGAACCUGCUGCGCAAGUACCUGUCGCUGCUGGACCUGCCGUGCUCCCUGCUGCUUGCCCGCGACGCCCUCUUCGUGCUCACCCGCCGAGAGGUGGCUCAGGCCCAGAGAGCCAUGUCCUGCCACCGCAGCCAGCUGCUCUGGUUCCGCCGCCUCUACGUGCUCUUCUCCCGCUACAUGAGGAUCAACUCUCUGCACUUCCUCUGAGCUGGGAAGGCUCUCAGAUCCAAGGCACAGAGAGGAAAACGGCCAAGGAGCCCAGGGCCUGUCUGGAGCGGCUCCUCUCCCUGGGCCCAGGAGAUCCUGGCGUAAGGCUGCGUCCCAGGGCUCUCUCCUCCAAGCUGCCCGGCCUCUAAGAAAAGGGAAGCCAUGCAGGCCAACGGGCUGUCCAGACUUGAGCGUCUUCCUCUGGGGAACAAAACCACAACCACCAAACACAAACCAACCUGGAGAAUAAUAGCUACCCUGCUGGUUUCUCAAAUUCUUGUGCAAAACAGUUUACAUGACAGCACAAUUGUAUGUCAACCCCUAACACAGACCUGCAGUUGUUAUAAAUGAAUGUAAAGUGCACUGAAAUCCCUUCUCAGGUGCUAUGUAUUUUUACAUUGUUUCCAAAGCAGGCUCACCAGACAUGCACACACACAAAAGAACACUCUAUACUGAAUUAGUUUAACCAUAAUUCCUUGGAUUUAUCUCUGCGGCCUACACAUCAGAUAUGAAUCCAGGGAAGACUUCUCCCUUUAACGUCAUAGUCACUGACCGGGGCUCCCAAGGUCGGAUCACUGUGCCCAGUGUUUCAUACAGAGACCGCCGUGACGUGGGCCCUGCCCUGAGGAGCUUACAAUCAAAUAGCUCACUAUUGGUCUUUUGGGGGAAGCAGGAAAUAGGAAGAGAGAUCUGGAGCUUACCACUCAAGAACUUACGUCCUAAAAUUGUGCUACAAGCUAAAGUGCAGUGAGGGGUCUGGCUUGGAAGCUAUUCCGAGUCCAGCCGGUGGUCCAGGAAGUGGCCCGAGGUGAGGAAGCUCCAAUUCAGAAAGAGAGAAGACAAACGUGUCGUCACUGGGAACAGGAUGGAUAGGACAGUGACAAAAACGGAAAAGGCUGGAAAAAUAUGAGAUGAUAUUCAAGUCCAGGGCAACAAAACUGAAAAUCUGAAGGAGAUGGAUGGCCUCCUAGCAGAUGCUGGACCACCACCAUAACCUACGUAAUGUCACAGAUAGGGUCCAACCACGUCAAUCCCACAAAAUGCAGGGCUGCAUCAUGGCAAGAUUAGUGAAAACCGGUACUUUUAAUCUUCCAAGGACGCGGCAUCAAGCUCACGCACCCAAGAGCUGAAGGAGGGCAGGGCUCCUGGGCAGGUGGCUGUCCUGCUCUCUCGGCCAAGUCUAGGAGGGAGGGAGGAGGUACACCCGUGCAGCAAGAUGCUCAGGACCAACCGCACAGCAGGGGUGGGGGGAGAGGGAGAGCGGCCAGGCUCUGCAAGGGGCUGGGCCCCCGAUGGACGGAGGCUGCCAUGGUGGCUGUCUCCGUCCACUGGAGAGCUGCACACUGCUCCUUUUGUUGAGCCCCUGCAAAGUAAAAACUGCUCUCCUGAAACGGAGUGAGUCCCAUCUGGGGGUCACCUCCAAACCGCCUCCCACACCCACCCCCAGCACAGCCUUGGCGGCCCAUGUUUGAGAACAGGGACGAGGGAACAAGCACUGGCUUAGACCCAAUGGCGGGCACCUUAUUAAUGGGACUUUACAUGACUACCAUUGGCUUAAAAAGGGAAAGGGAACAGAUGACCACAGAAGAAAUCAGAAAGGUAAUUAUAAUAGAUUUUUUAAAGAUUCCUAGUCUAGAUGGUUUUACAGCUAUCUAAAAAUAAUUCCAAUGUUAUUUAGAGCAUAAAAUAGAAAAGUACUUCAAUUCACAGACAAGAUAACAAAACACGAAAUAGCACCCCCAAAAAAACCCUGACAAUUUGUGACUACAGAUGCAAAAAUGUAAAAGAAAAUAUUAACAAACUGAACCCAGCCGCACAUCAAAGGAAUCAGUACUCCACGACCAAGUAGGGUGUUAUUCCAGGACGCAAGAAUGGGCCCUCUGUGGGAAAUCCAUCAACGUAAUUCACUACAUCCACAAAUUAAGAAGAAACACCAUAUUCUUCCAUGUAUCAGGUGCUGAGAGAGAACAAAAUUCAAUCACUACUCCUAAUAACAACUUUUAAGAAAAAUAGGAAGAAAGAAUACAACUAAAAUAUAAUGAAGACAAUUUACUGGGGGGCUUCCCUGGUAGCACACCUACCGCCCGUGCUCUGCAACAAGAGAAGCCACCAUCGUGAGAAGCCCGCACACCACACACAGUAGCCCCCACUCACCACAACUAGAGAAAGCCCAUGCCCAGCAACAAAGACCCAAAACGGCCAAUAAAUAAAUAAACAUACAUUAAAAAAAAAGACUAUUUACCGAAAUCUAGCACCUAAAACUAAGUGGACAAGGUCGAAAGGUAAGCUGCUCUCUUCACAGUCACCAAGGUUGUUCUGAAGGGUGAAGCUGAUGGAGUAGGACAGGGCACUACAACAACGGGUGUAAGUAUUGGAAGAGACAGUUGUGCUUACAGACCCAAGAGCUGCCAAUAAAAUCUACUAUAAUAGAUGAGGAAAUUUAGGAAGGCAGCUGGAGCAUAGGUAUCUUUACAAAAAUCAAUAGACUGUCUUUAACUGGCAAUCACGUGACAGAAAUGGAAAUGGGGGGGGAAAUCCCUUUCUUAUCAAGAACUAUAAAAUACCUAGGAAUGAGUUCAACACAAAAGAUAUAAGAUCUAUCUGGAUUUUAUAAUCACUAUUAAAAUUCCAGGGUUUUUUUUUGCAGAAACUAACAAAUUGAUCCUAAAACCAUAUGGAAUUGCAAGAGACUCAGAAGCCAAAACAGACUUAAAAAAGGAACAAAAUUGGAAGACUUACAUGUCCCAAUUUUAAAAACUACUACAAAGACAUAAAUGUAAGAGCUAAAACUAUACAAUUCUUAGAAGGAAACACAAAUGUUCAUUUUGUGACCUUGGAUUAGGCAACAGUUUUUUAAAUAUGACACCAAAAGCACAAGCAACAAAAGAAAAAAUAGAAACCUUUGUGCAUCACAGGACACUCUCAUGAAAGUAAAACGGGGAAAAGUACUGGCAAAUCAUAUAUCCAAGGAGGACAUAGUAUUUAGAGUAUAAAAGAACUCUUAAAACUCAACAACAAAAAGGACAACCUAAUUAAAAGAUGGGCCAAAGGCUUGAAUAUACAUUUCUCCAAAAAGACUUUCAAAUGGCCAACAAGCACAAGAACAUCAUUCAUCAUAAGGAAAUGCCUAUCAAAACCAGGAGAUGCUACUUCACACCCACUAGGAUGGCUCUGAUUAAAACAAACUAACAAGACUUCCCUGGUGGCGCAGUGGUUAAGAAUCCGCCUGCCAAUGCAGGGGACACGGGGUUCGAGCCCUGGUCCAGGAAGAUCCCACACGCCACAGAGCAACUAAACCCGUGCACCACAAUCACUGAGCCUGCGCUUUAGAGCCUGUGAGCCACAACUAUUGAGCCCACGUGCUGUAACUACUGAAGCCCACGCGUACCUAGAGCCCGUGCUCCACAACAAGAAGCCACUGCAAUAAGAAGCCCGUGCACCACAAUGAAGAAUAGCCCACGCUUGUCACAACUAGAGAAAGCCCAUGUACAGCAAUGAAGAUCCAAUGCAGCCAAUAAAUAAGUACAUAAAUUUAUUUUAAAAAAUAUAUAUUAGAAGAGGAGAUGUCCAAGAAUAGCCAAAAUAUAAAUAUUAAAAAGGAUGGAGGGGAAACUGAGACGAAGCGAGAGAGUAGCACAGACAUAUAUAUACUACCAACUGUGAAAUAGUCAGUGGGAAGUUGUUGUAUAACAAAGGGAGUCCAACUCGAGGAUGGAAGAUGCCUUAGAGG